AAAGGAGAAUGCCAAGAUUCCCGAACUUGAAAAGAAAUUUGCUGAGAUUAAAUCUGAAAAUGUGAAGCUAAAGCAGAUUAUUGAGGAGAAUGUAAAGCGUGAUGUUAGAGUCGAGGAAUUAGAGCAAAAGAAUAAAGAGCUUGAGGCUAGGCUUGCAGUAGUGGAACAGAGUUCUGUAGUAGUGGAUGGACAAACACAGAAUGACUCACGGAGUGAGGAUGCUAAUGCAUCUAAGGAAGCGAUACUAGAGAUGUUACCAGAGAUAUCUGCUGAUGAUGAUUCAAGCUCAAGCAACAUGCGCCUGUUUGUAAAGCAAAUGAUGUGGUAUCAGAAGUGUUACCAGAUGUCAACUCCAAGUCACCGGAGGAGAGAGAGAUGGAUAAAUUCUUGA